GACGUAUGUCAGACUGGUCACGAGUCUACUAAAUGACCGCAUGACGUUGGUCGGACAAAUGUUCAUGCAUAUGGUGCCACUUGCUUUGAAACGAAUAAGGGAGCGGUGAAGCGCUGGGGUGCCGACGCCUCUCGUUUUUGCGUUCAGAUUAUCCUAGUCAUGGGUACAGGGCUACCGCUAUGGCUCAAAUUUCUCGAUCAGACAUCCAAAAUCGUGACCACAUUGACUGCCGCAGUCCUUCUCUAUACCCGUUCUGCAGGUGUCGCAUAUUUCGUGACUGGCGCGGUCUUAUGUGCAGCGCUUGCCAAGUCCAUAAAGAGGGCAAUACGACAGGAACGCCCGGUACUGCACUCCGGACGCAAAGUAUCUUAUGGGUGCGCAAAUUCCAGUGACGCAUACAGCCUGAUUACAUCGUCAACACACUCCUGCAGAAUGCCUAGCUCACAUGCGUCCGCAUGCACCUUCUUCGCCACAUAUAUUACGAUAACUUGCCUUCAGCUACCUGUUCACCCUACCUUGCCCAGUUCUGCUAUGUUCGUUCCAGUGGUCAUCUUACCGUGGACAUUCAUGGUAGUCGUGUCAAGGGUCUGGUUGGGCCAUCACUCAUGGCCGCAGGUUGCGGCAGGAACCGCCCUUGGAGCCUGCUGUGCUAGCUUUUGGUUUAAGCUAUGGAUGGACGAUGCAGCUGACAUCAAGACAACUGCAUGGGAAGUCGAAGCGAUGGUAAAAUCAUGGCUUGAACAAUGAUUUCAUGAGCAUGUAUAUACCGAUUCCCUACACUUAGAGACACUUAUGAUUUUUUGUUGGUGACUGCAUUUUUUUUAGACAUACACUAUUUCCUGCCUUGAAGUAAAUUUCUUCUCCUUGCGGCUGUCAGGCAUUGGGUUUUUGUUCAAUCGUUUCCCCGUCUUUGUUGUCAGAUAGACUCAGGAUAUACGACGAAUGCAGGUCAGCGUUUAUAGGAUAUUUCUGUCUCCUCUAACGGUUUCCGGAAGAAUGGGGUUAUAUUCAGUUCAUUGCUAUAGGUCGGGAUAAGUUAGACCGGCUGGUGUCUUUAACUGCCAAGCAUGGUCGUCGCCUCACGCUAAACAUUCCUUCUCGUCUUCAUGGUCUGAUUGG